CAACAACGACCGAUCUAGACCUCACGACCUGGAUCUUGGAAAUACUCGUUCAGCAUCUUUGAUAGUUGCUUGCUUCAUCCUGGCUCAAGUCUCGUCUCUUAUUCUCGCUACACCAACCCAAGACAUCUUACGGCGCGCCUGGCUAGACGCUACUCGCAGUCUUUGGGCUUAGACCCUGUCUCUUGUCUUUCUUGCUUCUAGCUCUAGUCAGAUGAAGAAGAAAGGACAGCCGUUUGCUGCCUUGGUCUUCAUUCACCUACUUCGUGUACAGAAUUGCUACUACCUAACAGUCUUGUUGUCCAGUGUCUCCAAAGAAGACUCGACCAGCUCUGUCUCUUACCUUGUGCUGACGUCUCAGCUUCUGACGUACCUCCGUCAAGUUCCUUUCAGGCCCGGUCGUUACAAGAAGUGGAAGGUUUCAGGGCCGAUCUCGCCGCCACAUGUGCUCAAGCAGAAACGAAUAUGCUAAGAAACUUGUAGUUAAGGAUAUUGCGCUUCUUGCUUUAUUGCUUGACAUAUGCUUUGGAUUAGUAGCUUAGUGCAUGGCAGCAACUGUAUACAUGUUGAGAAGGAGGGAUCAGACGUCAUAUCAUUGUUGGCAGAAACGGACGAUCUGUCUUGGUGCCCAUCUAUCUACUUUGGACAGCUCAUCUUGGUUUCACCGUGCCAUUCAAGGUGAGUAUUGAACUACGGGAUGCUAUGACACCAAAGGAGAUGGACCACUUCUACAACGUCCACCGAGAUCGUUCACGCAGACGCUCUUGCGGUCCUGGUGGGAGGCAUAUCCAUGAAGAGGUAGCCGAAUUCAAAGAGAUUCAGUUCAGUAUACCAUCGGCAUGUCUUCCAGCUGACAUGGCAGCUGCUGAGCAAGCAGAUUCGGAUUGGAGCAGUGGAUGUGCACGGUAAAUCGACACAAUUGCUCUUGACAGGCUCACUGAGGUAUCAGCCUGACCUCCAUUUUGCGCAGUAUCAGUAGAAGCAUCACAGUAGAAGCGUGAAUUUUGCGGCACAAUUGUGCAGUAUCAAUAGCAGCAUGAAUCUGAGCCGCAGCCGCAGCCGCAGCAGCAGCAGCAAUAUGGGCUGCAGCAGAAGCAGUGACAGUUUGAGUAGCGGCCAAAUGAUUAUCGGCUUUGUUUUGACGAGCAGCUAUCUCAGUGUGAGAUGCAGCAGUCCCAAUAGUGCUCCUGAUGGUCGUGAUUGUAGAGGAAGCGGUGUCGGCAGCGUUUCUCAGUCCGGCGUCAGCAAGCAAUUGAGGGAAUGUCAAGUGCUCUCAUGUCCUCAUUCGUUUUGCCUGCUUGCCUUCAUUGAGGCUGUGAAUCAUUGACAGGCGCUUGGACCUGGAUUCGUAGGUCACUAUCUUAAAUUGAGCUGAGACGUCCAAUUUCACGAUGUCAAUUGUGGUGAGGAAGAAGGGUGGAAGUUG